UAUGGAGAAUUCAAGAGUUUGUAAUGAAUGAUCUGUUGACUUUCCUCAUCCUAAAAUGAUGGUGCAACUCUAUUGCUGACACACAACAAGAAGUUAGAACUACCCUUUUUUUUUCCCAGCAAUUUCAUGAGUUUUGACUUGUGAAUUGUUUUUGUCUUCACUUUGAAUUUCUAUUAUAAUACAAUUUGAAGCCCAUGGUUGCAAGCUAUGUUAAUGGUUUCCAACUUCCAACGACACCUUUAAAAAAGAAACACUGCAAAUACAAUUCCUCCUUUUUUUGUAUUCAUAGAUAUGCUAUACAAAUGACUCAUUCUCCGUGAUUGUUUCACCUUCAAAUCCUUUCUUUUGAAGAAAGUGACAGCCAAAUCUUUUCCCUUUUCACACCUUUUCACUUUUUUGUUCUUCAAGUCCUAGACAUAAUACUAUAAUCUCAUUUGGUUUUUAUCAUUAUUUUUUUUGGGGGGCUCUUGUUUACUCACUAAAAGCUUUUUUUUUUCUUUUUUAUUUUUUUUUCCUAAUGAGGUUCUUGGUUGGUGAGCUAAAAUACAGCUGCCUUGUAUUGACUCGUUGCUUUAGAUCAUGGAGAGCUCGUUGCUGUGUCCUUGGAUCCUCUCAGUAUUCCUUUUGGCUUUCUGGGUAUCUCUUUAAUAUGGAAAACCUGUGAAUUCUAUCUAUUUUGUUGUUGUUGUUUUUCUGGGGUUAUAUUCUCAGAGAGCAUUAGCAAAGUGAGGUUGUCUGUUUCUUUAGGGCUAUGAAGUGUUUUUAUUUCUCUGGUAAAGAGAAGAAUGCUGAACCAAAAACUACAAAGUCUAUUUCGGUCCGGUCUUCCACUUCCAUUUCCAUGUCAGCAGAUCAUGAUAUGAGGAAAUCUGGGUCUGAGUUCAAUUCUCAGAAUGUCUCAGAUUUUAGCACAGAAUCCUCCACGAAGAAUUCAUUUGCUGCUUUAUCUCAAAGACAAAGUAAUCUCAGAGAGUUCACAUUCUCAGAGUUGAAGACAGCAACAAAGAAUUUCAGCCGCUCCCUGAUGAUCGGAGAAGGUGGGUUUGGUGGUGUAUAUAGGGGUGUAAUCCGACGCACAGAAGAUCCUCAUAAGAAAAUUGAUAUUGCUGUUAAACAGCUCAGCAGAAGAGGGUUGCAGGGGCACAAAGAAUGGGUGACAGAAGUAAAUGUUUUAGGGGUAGUUGAACACCAAAAUCUUGUGAAAUUGGUGGGUUAUUGUGCUGAGGAUGAUGAAAGAGGGAUACAGAGGCUGCUGAUAUACGAGUACAUGCCCAACAGGAGUGUGCAGGAUCACUUGUCAAGUCACUUUCAAACAACACUUCCUUGGACCACCAGAAUUAAAAUUGCCCAGGACGCUGCCCGAGGCUUAGCAUACCUUCAUGAAGGAAUGGACUUUCAGAUUAUUUUCAGAGAUUUCAAGUCCUCAAAUAUACUUUUGGAUGAGCAUUGGAAUGCAAAGCUGUCAGACUUUGGGUUGGCCAGACUGGGGCCUUCAGAUGGAUUAAGUCAUGUCUCAACUGCGGUUGUAGGAACUAUUGGAUAUGCAGCUCCUGAAUACAUUCAAACCGGGCGCCUGACAGCUAAAAGUGAUGUGUGGAGCUAUGGAGUUUUCCUUUAUGAACUCAUAACAGGUAGGCGCCCUUUGGAUCGGAGUCGCCCCAAGCGUGAGCAAAAGCUUUUAGAAUGGGUCAGGCCACACAUCUCUGAUAUAAAGAAGUUCAAGUUGAUUUUGGACCCUAAGCUCGAAGGGAAGUAUUCUCUCAAGUCUGCACAUAAACUUGCAGCAGUAGCAAACAAAUGCUUGGCGCGGCAGGCCAAACAACGUCCCAAAAUGAGUGAAGUUCUAGAAAUGGUGAACCAAAUCGUGGAAGCAACAGAUAUGGUAAGCCCCCAACUCCCUAUGAAGAGUUCAACUCCGAAAAAUGUCUCUGAAGUAUCAAGAAGGGAGCGUCUAAAACGAAGGUUUGUUGAUCUGAUAACCGGGGACAAAGGAUGUUUGAUUUGGCGAGCAUGGAGACCAAAGAUUGUGAGAACUUGUUAAGAAACUAGUUGAUGAAUUUGGUUGAAUUCUGUAAGUUAGUCUUCCCUAUGUAUCGCAUAAAAACAAUUGUAAAGUCUUCCCUACGUAUCGCAUCAAAACCAUUGUAAAGGCUUUGCUUUGGCUGUAGGAAGUUUUCGAACUACCGUAUUUGAGCUGAUACUUUGUGCUCAAAGUUUAAUAGCUUGAAAGAGUAAUAUCUAGUCAAUAGCUGUUUAAUUUCA